AAUCAGUUGCAUCUUUGGAUUCUGCUGUCAAUGGCUGCUGAGGAGCGAGCAACUCAGGGAACCAAUCACAGGGUUUUCUCCCCGAGUUCGUCCAAUGAGGAGCGAGGGGGGCGGGUCUAUCUUUAUUCUGCCUGGUGUCUGCGUGAGAACCGUAACAAACAGCUUAGGCCCGCGGAUGGCAGUUUGUUCGGGAUAAAACAGUCACAGAGAACCGCAGCCAUGGGCAAGGCCCAGUCACACCUGACCAAACACAAGGGUGAGAGUCAAGAUGCCCUGACGGCGGACGGCGAGUGCAGAGACGGCCCGGGCGAGGAUGACGGCAAAAACGGAGAUGUGUCCCAGUUUCCGUACGUGGAGUUCACCGGGCGGGACAGCGUCACGUGCCCCACAUGCCAAGGCACCGGCAGGAUCCCCCGAGGUCAGGAGAACCAGCUGGUGGCUCUGAUCCCGUACAGCGAUCAGCGGCUCCGACCCAGCAGGACGAAGCUCUACGUCACCAUAUCGGUGACCCUCUGCCUGCUGCUGUCCGGCCUGGCCGUGUUCUUCCUGUUCCCGCGCUCCAUCGACGUCACCUAUGUGGGAGUGAAGUCCGCCUACGUCUCCUACGACCAAGGCAAGAGGAUCGUCUACCUGAACAUCACGAGCACCUUGAACAUCACCAACAACAACUACUACUCCAUAUCAGUGACCAGCAUCACGGCUCAGGUCCAGUUCUCCAAGACGGUGAUCGGCAAAGCCAAGUUCAACAACGUCACGGGGAUCGUUCCUCUGGGCGAGCAGCAGCUGGACUACACUGUUCCCACCGUCAUUGCCGAUGAGAUGAGCUACAUGUUUGACUACUGCACCUUACCGACCAUCAAAGUUCACAACAUCGUGGUCAUGAUGCAGGUGACGGUGACCACCUCGUACUUCGGCCACACGGAGCAGGUCUCUCAGGAGAUGUACCAGUAUGUGGACUGUGGGGGCAACACCACCUCCCUCCACGGGAACGUGCAGGUCUACCAGUGAGGGCGGGGCUUCUCCCGCCCCGCCCGGGACGGCGCCGACAGCGGGGGCCUCUCAUCUGCUUCGUUUGAACAGAGCCCCUUCAAACCCCCCAACCACUGUCCGCUCUUUAGUUUAGUCCCACAGAACUGCAGACGGCACAUUCCCGAAUCCUCGUCCUAACGAAGCAAACGUUUGGCACUUUAGGCUCCAUCAGCAGAGAACGAGGAAGACCCCCCCCCCCCCAGUCCUCCUCUUCCUCAGAGAAAUGUAGAAAGACCAGGAUUUGGAUGCGGUGGGAGUCAAACCACUGAACUUUUCCGUUAUUCCCUUCAUGGUUGAUGUCGUUUAGUGCAAUAUAGACCCUGUUUUUCCUCCUGAAGUGAACGGAUUAAAAUGGUACAGAACCGAGUUUUAGAGCGUUUUUAAUCCGUUUAAGAUGAAGAGAUGUUUCCAGACAAAUGCUGGUGAUGGACGGGUUUGUUUUCGCUUUUGAGAAUCUUGACUUCCUUUAACCUGCUUCCGUUUUCGUGGGUCGGCUUAGCAGCUGUGAUGUGUUUGCUGUUUUUAAAGACAUUGAAGUUCUCUCCUGAGGUUUUGUUUUGUGUUUACGUAGACAAUAAAAACCAACUCCAUGUAACUUUUCUUACCGGUUCAACUCUCUGAAGCUGCUGCUCUCCAGAGGACUGCGUCCACGUCGACACCCCCCCCCCCCCCCCCCCCCUUAACAUCUAUGCAGUGGUUUUGUGGUUUUAACGCAUGAAGCUGAAAAUAAACUCAUUCAAAACGGG